AUGUCGAAAGUACACCUUCUAGGCGUGGGGUCUAUGGGCUCCUUGUUGGCGCAUGAACUAGUACAAGCCCAUCCGUACAUAGUUCCAAACUUUACUAUGCUUUUCAAAGACUCCGUAUCUUUUGAUUCCUUCAAGCAUCAGGAUUCCAAACUAAUCGUGAACAAACUUGACAAUACUUCAUCUUUUUCUACCAUAAAUUCGGACUAUCGGGUCCCUGUAGAGAGCAAGAUCGAAAAUUUGAUAAUAGCAACUAAAACACAUCAAACAACGGAUGCGUUACGGAAAUAUGUGGAUCAUAUUACCCCAGAUACAAAUAUACUUUUGGUCCAAAAUGGUAUGGGGAUGUUGGAGCAUUUAAAUCUGACAUAUUGGCCAUAUCCUGAAAGAAGACCUGCCAUUUACCAGUGCAUUAGCACCCACGGAGCAUUCAAGUCCUCUCCGUUCGUAGUUAACCAUGUAGGAAUUGGGAGGCUAGAUAUAGCCAGAGUCACGGAGAGCUCGAUCUCCGGCCCAAGCUCAAAUGCGACAUCACCAUACUCAGACGUGAAAGAGAUGCUAACUCAACAGCAACUCCCAGAAUUCAUAAGACUUAUACUAUCGACUAAAGUAUUGAAUGCUCACUAUCUAGCAUAUCCACAAUUCUUACUCAAGCAAAUUGAAAAGCUAAUCAUUAACACUUGCAUAAACCCUCUCACUGCUAUCUUUGAUUGUCUUAACGGGGAACUUUUAUACUCACCUUCUCUCACCAAGACUAUGAUGAAAAUUAUCAGGGAGGAUAUAAAUGUUUUCAAAGCAGAAUUCCCCCUCUUAGAAACAGUACCAGACACAGAAGCUGUUUUGGACGAGGAUAGGCUCUUGCAACUGGUGAUCCAAGUCUGCCGAAGCACAGCUAAGAACAGUUCGUCGAUGAGAGAAGAUGUACGGCUUUUAAAGAAUACAGAAAUUCAUUGGAUAAAUGGGUAUAUAGUAAAUCUAGCAAAGAAACAUGAUAUCUCAGCCAAUACGAACCUGUUCAUGCUAGAUAUGGUUGGCGAAAAGCUAGCUAUAUCUAGAGAAACGGAAAAGCAUUCUAUCAAAACCGUUCUAAGUCAAGUCAACGAGAAUUUGAAGUGA